CAGACGUAUUAACUGUUUUCCAGACGUCAUAUUUCCUCGACACGUUUGGCAGCUGGAGGUGAAAUCAUAAAUUAAUACUAGAUUUAGCGUGCGGCAUUGUAAUGCAUAGAUUUGGGACAGACGUUUAAAUAUUAGUUUCUGCAAGUGGAACGAAGAUUUGUGACAAUGCUGUGUCUGAAGAUGACCAUGAACGUGAGACCUGGCUCACUGUGGAUAUUACAUCAAAUCAGCCACCUGUCACCCAAACCUCCCAUUCGAAGCAUCUCCCACGCUCCCUUUGCCUGUGACCACCACAAAACAUACCGCAGCCACGUCCCUCUUCGGGUAGCCACAUUACCACGCCUCCGUCUUAGUCUGCCUCUCAAAUCAACUUUAUGCUUUCAGCCAUGUAGACCAGCAUCUACAACCAGCAGUACAGGCUGGUAUGAGAGCCUAGCAGACUCUACCCCUGUCCAUCUGACUGAGCAGCUACUGAUCUCUGUCCAUCAGACCACAGGUCUACCAUGGUGGGCCAGUAUCGUAUGCACCACUGUGGCCCUGAGGACAGUUGUCACACUGCCACUUGGAGCCUACCAGGCGGUCAUCAUAGCAAAGGUUGAAGCCCUGCAAGUGGAAAUAGCGGAGCUGGCUAAGAGGCUGCGCUACGAGAUCUCGGUGCAGGCCAAAGAGAAGGGCUGGACGGAAAAACACUGCCGAUACCAAUUCAAGAAGAACCUGAAGAGGAUAGUGUCUGAGCUGUACGUGAGGGAUAACUGCCACCCCUUCAAGGCCAGUCUGCUGGUAUGGGUGCAGCUGCCCAUGUGGGUAUGCCUCUCCCUGGCCCUGCGUAACCUGAGCCUGGGGGUGUCUGAUGCUGCCACUGCGUUGCAGACAGAGCUGGCAGUAGGGGGAACUCUAUGGUUCUCCGACCUGACAUUGCCUGACUCUACCUGGAUCAUGCCUGUCUCUCUGGGCCUCAUCAACCUGCUCAUCACAGAGGUAUUUGCUCUGCGGAGGAUGGAAGCGUCCAAGUUCCAGAAGUAUGUGACCAACUUUAUCAGAGGGAUCUCUCUGCUGAUGAUACCCAUAGCUGCCACCGUGCCCUCCUCCAUGGCUCUGUACUGGCUAAGCUCCAGUUGUGUGGGACUGGGCCACAACCUGCUCCUGUGCUCGCCUCGCUUCCGGAGGCUGUGCCGCAUCCCCCCCACGCGCUCCGACUCGGACACGCCUUACAGGGACAUCGCUUCUUCCUUUGUCUCCAAAUACAUCAAGUGAAAGAGGUUUUCCAUCUGAUAGUAGGGAAAGAGACUGUAGCCCCCAAUCAUGUCAAUGCCAUAGCCCCUUCCCCUGAUUCAGUCAAUCUUCACGAUGAGUUGAAGAAUUACGUGUGUUAGCGCUGGGUUGGAACAAACACCUGCACUGUACACCAUGUAUCUCUCCAGGACCAGGGUUGGUGACCACUAAACUAAGAUCUAGAGUGGACCACGGUCCAUCAGAGAGAAUCAGACCUUGUGGACAUGGAGUAUCCAACACGUCCAUGUCUGACAAACCAAGUCAGUGUCAAGAUCUGUUUGUGACUGGUAUAUACUGUAGCAUGUACAUGCAGGUUUACUUUGAAAGGUAGCCACUCCCUGUUCUACCCAGGAUAACUUGGUGUUGUGAUUGAAGACUAACUGGCAAAUGACAUGCAAGAAAUGUACGUAUUUAAGAUAAGGACCACAGUCAUGGAUGAUCAAUGGAUACUACAUUUGUACUUUGAACUUCCAAUGUAAAUUGCAUGAAAGGUUUGUUAUUUUGUGAAUUUUAUUGUGAUCCAGAAAUUGAUGACAUCAGAUGUGCUCAAAAUUGAAGUAAUUGAGUGAAGUUACAUCAGUAAAAUAAAACAUUUAGUAUUAAA